AUAAAAGUAUCUUAGAAAUGAAUCAUUCCAAUCGUCAAGAUUAGAGUUUAUCAAAUCAGUUAUAGCAUAGGUCGUUAUAAACUACAAACGUUUAUUACAUUUCGUGUUGCUUUCAAGAUGAAGUAUUUUAUAUUAUUAUUAAUCUCCCUAUGGGAGAUUACUUUGUCUUCAUCAAUGAAUGAGACACUGGAGAAUUCCAAUUCAAUCCAAACUGUUUCUAAUUGUAUGAAUGACUUUUCAAUGAACUUUUAUCAAAACCUGAUUAACAACCAAGGAAGUAAUUUAAUUUCUUCACCAUUAAGUGCUGGAAUACUGGUAUCAAUGACAGCAUAUGGUGCACAGAAAAAUACUCAGAAACAAAUGUUUACUGCUUUAAAAAUUCCUGAUGAUGGUACUUUUGAUAGACGUGAAUUUCAAUCUCUCGUUCACAUUCUCAAUAGUGUGAAGAAGGUUGAAUUGCGAAUAGCUAGUAAUAUUUUUAUAGCAAAUGAAUUUACUGUGAAACCUAAUUACAUUGAUUUACUGCAAGAUACAUUUAAUAGUAAACUGCAAAGCCUGGAUUUUACUAAAACUGAUGAAGCCAGUAAAACUAUUAAUGAUUGGACUGCAGAAAAAACGAAUAAUCGUAUUAAUGACAUCAUCCAACCAGAUGAUUUACGAGAUGCAAAAUUAAUAUUAUUGAAUGCUAUUUAUUUCAAGGGUAAAUGGGAAAAUAAAUUUGAUCCUUCUAGAACAAAAGCUAAACCUUUUUAUGUUAAAAAAAACACUGUAAAAGAUAAAUUAAUGAUGAACAGAGUUGCCAGGUUUCGUUAUAUAGAAGAUUCAAUACUUGGUGCUAAAAUCAUAGAACUUCCUUAUGAAAGAGAUCCAGAGUCUCCACAGAACUAUGUCAGUAUGAUAGUAAUUGUUCCAAAUGAUGUUGAUGGAUUAGAAAAUCUUGAAAAGAAAUUCAAAAUGUCACAUAUUGAACUUCUUGAUAAAGAAAAUUUUGCUUCUAAAAUUGAUUUGAGUUUACCUAAGUUUACAGUUGAAAGUUUAAUAGAUUUUAAAUCAACAUUCGAAAAGAUGGGAAUGACUGAUAUGUUUAAUAGUAAUGCAAAUUUUCAAGGGAUCGUUGACAAUGAACCUUUGAAAGUAUCUAAAAUUGUUCAAAAAGCAUUUAUUCAAGUUGAUGAAGAAGGUACUGAAGCUGCAGCAGCUACUGCUGUUAUGAUUGCUCUGAAAUCGUACGUAGAACCCAAAAAAGUUACUGUGGAUCGUCCAUUCUUGUUUAUGAUUUCAUUAAAGUACAAUAGUAAAACAAUUGUACUAUUUCAAGGUCGAGUCGUGGAUCCAUAUGUAAAUUUUGAAGAUGCAUAUGCAUAUAGAUACUAUAAGAUUGAAUUAUUGGUAGUUUUAUUUGGAGUAGUUGUGGCAGUUCACAGCUUCUCAAUUCCAGUUUCUAGAGAUGCACUUUCAGAACAUUCAUUUAAUGUAGAAAGUCCGUCAUUAGAAGAUUCACCUUCAAAAGAUUCACCUGUUGAAUAUUCUCAUUCUGAAGUCCUACCUUUAGAACAUGAUGAUUUAGAAGAUCAACUUGCGGGAAGUCUACCUUCAGAGAGCUCACAAGCUGAAGAAUCACAUCAAGAUCAAUCAGAAGAGAGCUCACAAGCUGAGGAAUCACAUCAAGAUCAAUCAGAAGAGAGUUCACAAGCUGAGGAAUCACAUUCAGAUGAUCAACCCUCAGAAAGUUCACACGUUGAAGAAUCAGAAUCAGAGGAUAAACCUUCAGAGAGUUCACCUGCCGAUGAUUCUCACUCAGAGAGUCACCCAGCAGACAACCCACUAGAUACAGAGUUACCUGAAGAAGAUUUACAUGAAGAACAUUUAUCGGCUCACGAUGAAGACAAAAAAGACGAAGAAGAAGAAGGAGACGAUGAUCUCCCUGAAGACUAUUAUGACGAUCAGGAAUUAAAAGCAGUUUCCAGCGGAUUAUAUCAUUUUUCAAGUGAAUUUUACAAGAAAACCGCAGCAACCAGAACUCGUAAUCUUAUUUGCUCACCUUUGAGCGUGGGUGUUCUAUUAGCUAUGACAGCUCAAGGAGCUCGAGGAGUCACUGAAAAAGAAAUGCGCAAAGGUUUGCAUCUUCCAGAAGACAGCUCGGUCAGCAAGAUUGGAUAUAAAUCACUUAUCAGAUCAAUCUAUGCUGACAAAAAAGUUGAAGUACAUCUUGCUAAUGCAGUUUUCAUGAAUGAUGAAAUAGAAAUGACCCCUGAAUUCGAAAGUGUAACCACAGAAUACUUCAGAUCUCCAGUUGAAAAAGUACCAUUUUACUUCCCUGAUGAGGCCAGUGAUGUAAUCAAUUAUUGGGUUGAAGAAAGAACCCACGGAAAGGUCAAGAAUGUUGUGAAACCAGAGGAUGCUUUUGAUUCUGAAAUGAUCUUGCUCAAUGCUGUCUACUUCAAGGGUAGUUGGCAAUCAAAAUUCAACCAUGAAAAUACUCAAGAAAAGGUCUUUAACAUUGAUAACAGACAAUACAAAAAAGUACCAACAAUGUACCAGAAAAAUACUUUCAACUAUGGAGUUUUACCUCACUUAAAAUCUGUAUACGUUGAGCUCCCUUAUGAGCAUUUGGAUGAAGAUGAUGAAAUGAGUAUGUUCAUUGUUCUUCCAAACGAAGUGACUGGUUUGAAGAAACUUAUCAAUGCUUCAGAAAAAAUUAACUUCGAAGAGUUGCACAAUAACCCUAAAUUGACUACCGUAAAAUUAUACGUCCCUAGAUUCAAGGUCCGAAGCACUUUGAACCUUCAACCUGUAUUAGAAAAAAUGGGAAUGCGUGAUAUGUUCAGAUACAGAGCUAACUUCACUGGAAUCACAAUAAGCAGACAUUUAUCAGUGAGUAAAGUCGUCCAGAAAGCUUACUUAGAAGUUAACGAGGAAGGAAGUGAAGCUGCUGCGGCAACAGUUGUUGAACUCAGUAAAUUGUCAGCAUCACUAGACCACGAACAAGAGCCUGUAGAAAUGCAUGUAGAUCAUCCAUUUAUGUAUGUUAUCUACCAUAAGGCAACAAACACUGUUUUAUUCCAAGGACACGUUAAAUCACCAGCUUUAAAAUAAGUACAUAAUAUUCAUAAAAUCAUUCCAUUGUUUGUAAUUAUUUUAUUUCAACCAAUAAAUUCUUUUAUCUUCAUUUAAA